CCACUAGUCGUGCGAACCGGUUGAAAAGGAAAGGAAAGGUAUGAGUGAUUAUGGAUAGAUAUACGCGGUCUUAGAUAAUGUGCAUUGUUUUAAAAAUACAUCUGAUCUGUUGGUUUCAAGACGCUGAGUUCGUCCUGGUGUCAGAAUAAAAAGGACGAUGCCUUACUGACCAGUUUCACUGGUAACAAACCGAUCCAACCAUGCCACUGCAGUUUGUGUACAGCCACCAGGACUUUGUCACAGAUCUCUGUCGGAGUGGUGGAGACUGUACCGAGACGGCAGGGGCCCCAGCAAAGUUCGACACCACCAUCCAAGCCGGCUGGACGGACAGGAUGGACAGGGGACUCUUCCGCUACCACCUGGGUGAUUUACGGACUCGUAUCCUGCCCGGCCCUCGUGGUUAUGUGGCUCAGCUGAAUGUUCAAAGAGGGAUCGAGAGAAGAAAGCCUGAGGAGAUACUGAGCAUUCGGCAGCAGUUCAAUGCCAGGCAGUUUAAUUUUAACAAAAUCAAUCCAGAUGAAGUUAUAUGUGAGAUGAUGAAGGACUCGGAGGGGGACGGAGCUUUGCCUGACAAUGGAGAGGUGCCUCGGCCCUGCAGGAUGGUCGUACUGGUCAACGUAAGCCCUUUAGAGUUUGGACAUUGUCUCCUUGUUCCCGAUCCUUCACGCUGCUUCCCACAGAUCCUGACCAGGUUCGCCAUCCAGGUCGGUAUUGAAUCUGUGCUCCUGAGCUCCGACCCUGGUUUUCGUGUGGGGUUCAACAGCCUUGGAGCAUUUGCAUCAGUGAACCAUUUGCACCUUCAUGGAUAUUACCUAGACCGUGACCUCAAGGUAGAAUCUGCUCCAGUCAAGCCUUUGGUUCCUGAAAAGGGAUUUCAUCGCAUGCUGGACUUUCCCGCAGGUUUUUUGUUCUACACAGAAUCAGAGGACGUGGGGAAAGUGGCAGGAGCCAUCUGCCAAGUCACAGACUUUUUUGUGGACGGUAACAUUGCCCACAACCUGUUCUUGACUAGAGGAUGUCCACCGUGUGGUCGCACGCAGAGUGAAAGUGAUCGCUGCUCGAGAAAAGGUGUGCGUGUCGCUAUAUGGCCAAGAACAUCCUGCUUCGGUGCCAAAGAGGAAUCUGCCUUCAACGUCGCCCUUUGUGAGCUGGCCGGACAUUUACCGUUUAAGAACGAGAAGGACUUUGAGCUGGCUACAGAGAAAGAUGUCGUCGAUGUAAUACAGAAAUAUCUUCUGCCAGAGGAUGAGUUUAACAGGUUGGAACAGCAGCUAACAGAUCAUUUGACGAGUUUAUAACGCACGGGCAGCGUGACCGGAGCCAUGUCGAAUCUUGUCCUCAAGCUACAGGUUAAAGUUGUUGCUGCACAGUUGUAGAUUCUUGGUGCCAAAAAUUAAAACACAGAGGGUUUUAUCUUCACAGUGCAUUGUGAUUUUCCCAUCCUGCCCCAAACAUCGCACCGUAUGUUCACAUAAUGACUAAAUGUGUUUUAAAGUCUCCACAAUACUGUGAAGUGCAUUACAAAUAUUGGGCUUUAUCACAAUUAUAUUCAAAAACAACAAUGUGGUUGGAUUGAUUAAUGAAUGUGUCGUAGCAAAACUGCCAUCAAAUAAAAUGUCAGACCUUUUUUUUCUCUUGA